AUGAACACAACAAAGCGGCAGAAGCAGCGCAAGGUGCUGCUCAUGGGAAAGAGCGGUGCGGGGAAGUCUUCGAUGCGCAGCAUUGUGUUUAGCAACUAUGUGGCCAAGGAUGUGAGACGACUAGGCGCCACAAUUGAUGUGGAGCACAGCAAUAUCAAGUUCAUGGGAAACUUGAUGUUGAACCUAUGGGAUUGCGGAGGACAAGACGGCUUCGUCGAGAACUACCUCACGCACCAACGCGCCCAUGUCUUCAGCUCCGUCGCCGUCCUCAUAUUCGUCUUCGACAUUGAAUCCCGCGAGUUCGCCGCCGACGUGAUCUCCUACUCAUCCAUCAUUCGCGCCCUCGGCGAGCACUCCCCCUCGGCCGCCGUCUUCGUCCUCAUCCACAAAAUGGACCUCGUCCAAACGCGGCUACGCCAACAGCUCUUCGAAGAGCGCGCAGAGUACAUCCGCCAGGCGUCCGAGAGCUUCGCACCAACGGUAGAGUUCUUCGCAACGAGCAUCUGGGACCAGAGUCUGUACAAGGCGUGGACGCAGAUUAUUUACUUCUUGAUCCCGAAUGCGAGGAGUAUUGAGGGGUUGCUGAGGGAGCUAGCGGAGGUAGUGGAGGCAAGGGAGUUGAUACUGUACGAGAGGACGACGUGCUUGAUGGUUACGCAUGUGACGAGGGAUGUGGAAGCCGACAACCCCUUCUCAGACAGGUUUGAACGAAUCUCGUCUAUUCUGAAGACGCAUAAGCAAAGCAUGGCAAAACACACCGGCAUCCCAGCCGGCAGCGCAAACUUCGCCGAAAUGCAAAUCAAGACUGGUCGCUUCAUGUUCUUCAUCACGCGGCUCACCGAGAAUACGAACCUUGCCGCUGCCAUACCGCCCAGCGAGCAGAUCUUCAAUGCUGCGCGCAUCAACAUCACGUUGGCUAGGCCAAGGUUCGCAGAGCUGGACAUUGCAAGUAAGCCGCGACCUGCGGUGCAACAGGCCUUCGCGCAUAGUGCGGAUAGUGGGUGGGAGGCACGGGAAAGGGAGAAUGCGGCUGCGGGGUUUGUAGGGUAG